UUAGUUACAAGAUAAGACAACAAUGGCGGAAAGAUCCUUCUCUCAGCUCCCGAUCUCGUCUUCUUCUUCUCACAUAGGCAGGAGGACGCAAAACUUCCGGAGAGGGAUGUUUCCGGUGUCGGAUUAUUGGAUCCACGCAAUUCCGGUGAUCGUUUUCCUCUGCUUCUUCACCCUCUGGAUCUUUUCACACUCAGUGAGCGUAGACAUGAACGAUGGAGAGAUAAUGUCGAUACAUCUUCUUGAGAAAUCCAUGGCAGCCGUGAGAAACGAGUCUCAUGUCAGUUUAGCGGUUCUUGCUUCCUCUGCUGUUUCACCUGCAGCCUCAGGUCUCGUCGUCUCUACCAAUCAGAACCUGACAACUCCUCAUCACAACGCUACUCAAUCUCACAACGCAACUCAAUCGCACAACGAAGUAAAGCAAGCCACUGUGAACAAAGCAAAGCAAGCCACGGUGAAGAAAGCAAAGCAAGCCACGGUGAAGAAAGCAAAGCAAGCCACACCACACGCCGGCUAAACUCUGACCGGAGAUA